GCAGACGGUGAAACUUGCUGGUUGGUCGGUGUCCGUUGGCCCUUUAAAUUGCAAUGUGGGUUUUGAGGUGACAGAAGGGAGAAGGCGCCAAGGAGUUGCGGUCCCUGCCGCACAGAGCGGGUGUGAGGUCGGCGACCCCGCGGGUGACCCGCUUUAGGGCGGGGACCGAGGCCCCUCCUCGUCCGCCGCCUCCGCCCGCUCCGCCCGCAGAGUCCGAUGGCGGCGGCCGCUCGGAGGCGCCCGGCCGCGGUUGGUGUGACCUUUGAGGAUGUUGCUAUGUACUUCUCGGGGACAGAAUGGCAGCUUCUUGACGAGGCUCAGAGAGGCCUAUACCUCGAUGUGAUGCUGGAGAAUUUUGCUCUCAUAUCCUCACUGGGUUGCUGCUGUGGAACACGGGAUCUGGAGGCACCCAUUGAACAGAACGUGUCUGUAAGGGUGUCACAGGCAAAGAAGACCAAAGUACCUUUGUCUUCCCAGAACAGCCACCCCUGUGAGAGUUGUGGUCCGGUCUUACGGGACAUUUUCCAGUUGGUUGAGCAGCAGGAAACACAACACAGCCCGAAACUGUUGAGGUGCGGUGCGUGUGCAAAACCAUUUUAUUUCAGUGCGAAGUGUCACCAGGACCGUGAGCAGCACAGGAGAGGCGAGCGUUUGAUAAGAGGUGUGGACAGGGCCUUGCCUGCGAGGAGCUGCACAUUCAGUGUGUCCCAGACACUCGUUACCAGUCAGAAGGGUGGACACAGCAUCCUUACUGCCUCGGAGCAACUUCAGCCACAGGCUACUCACACCACAGUCAAACCAAGUGAAAGCUCGGGGGCCGGGGUUAUAUGUCAAAACAGAAAGAAUUACCAUACCAAGAAGGAAUGUAAAAAAGUGAUUGGCUGCAAUGACACUCUUGUUCCAGACCAUGCUGGCCAUGCGGGAAGGCAGUGUCUUGUGGGCCCUGAAAGUAAAAAAGGUCUUAGAAGAAUCUCUGGUUUUCGGUAUCAGAACGUUCUCUCGUUGGAGAAGUCGUACGAGUGCCGUGAAUGUGGGAAGUCCUUUAGAAGAAAGGAUAACCUGAAUGAACACGAGAGGAUUCACACUGGAGAAAAGCCUUAUGAGUGUGGAGAAUGUGGGCUGUCCUUCAGCCAGAAGUGGAGCCUGAAUCAACACCAAAGGAGUCACACUGGAGAAAAGCCGUAUGAGUGCCGUGAAUGUGGGAAAUCUUUUACCUAUUGCUCUGGACUCCGCGGUCAUCGGUCUGUUCACACUGGAGCAAGGCCGUAUGAGUGUAGCGAAUGCGGGAAAUGUUUUACCACAAAAUCCUACCUUCAUGUUCAUCAGAGAAUUCACUCUGGUGAAAAGCGUUACAAGUGCAGUGAAUGUGGGAAAUCUUUUACCUAUUGCUCUGGACUCCGUGGUCAUCAGUCUGUUCACACUGGAGCAAGGCCGUAUGAGUGCAGUGAAUGUGGGAAAUGUUUUACCACAAAAUCCUACCUUCAUGUUCAUCAGAGAAUUCACUCGGGUGAAAGGCGUUAUGAGUGCAGUGAAUGUGGGAAAUCUUUUAUGUGUAACUCGAAACUCCGUUAUCAUCAGAGAGUUCACACUGGAGAGAAGCCGCACGAGUGCAGUGAAUGUGGGAAAUCUUUUGUCCAUAGCUCUAGCCUCCGUUGUCAUCAGAGAGUUCAUACUGGAGAGAAGCCGUAUGAGUGCAAUGAUUGUGGGAAAUCUUUUGCCUUUAGCUCUCAACUCCGUUGUCAUCAGAGAGUUCACAGGACAAAGACCUUAUGAGUGCAGUGAUUGUGGGAAAUCUUUUGCCUGUUGCACUGGACUUCGUUGUCACCAGAGAGUUCACACUGGAGAAAGACCUUAUGAGUGCCAUGAAUGUGGGUAAUCUUUUAUUGUGAUCUCUCAUCUUCAUAAACGUCGAAUUUCACACAGGAGAAAGGCUUUUUGAGUGUUGUGAAUGUGGGUAAUCUUUUAGUAAAAAUUCUACCCUCUGGAAACAUGAGAGUACACAUUAGAGCAGUGGUUCUCAACCUUCCUAAUGCUGCGACCCUUUAAUACAGUUCCUCAUGUUGUGGUGACCCCCAACCAUCAAAUUAUUUUCACUGCUACUUCAUAACUGUAAUUUUGCUACUGUAAACAAUAUGUAAUUAUAUAUGUGUUUUCCGAUAGUCUUAGGUGACCCCUGUGAAAAGGUUGUUCGACCCCCAAAGGGGUCGCUUCCCACAGGUUGAGAACUGUUGCAUUAGAGGGAGUUUUUAGGUUUGUAGGGAAUGUAGUUACUUUGUUCAGUGUUAGCAGCACUGCGGGAAAUUUAGGCUUCAGUGGUCUGACUUUCAUCUCAUAAAUCCCAUCCUCAAAAGUAGGGAGAUUUUUCAUAAUUUUAAUUAUGUGGGAAGCAUGUGUACUUAUGUUCUACCUUCUAAACCGCCCAGGGCUUAGUGUCACUGAAAAUUUCUGUGACAGAAUCCAUUUCACCUGAACCAACACUGAGCAAGUCCCCGCACUUUUCAUCAGUCACCGUCCUCAUGUCCUCAGGGAAGCUGAUGUUCCCCUUAUUAGUUGGAGGAAAUUAGGAGUAACCUGAGCCCCUAGGAGAUCUGCAUUUCAUUUACUCUGGCUAUCUGGGGCAUGGGCCUGACCCAUUUUUGACCCCAGAGAACAUUUUCUGAGUUCAGCUGGCAUCUUCCAGAAAAAAUGUUUUCAGAGACACGAUUGCCCUAGAUACCUCUGGUGAAUAUUUCCAUUGUUGCUGUCACCCAAAGACUGGUUGGGUGUUUUUUAAAAAAACUGGUUUAGUUUUUUAUAAUAAUAAAGGCCUUUUUGUUUAAGUCCUCUAUAACUUUGGAUGUUUUCUUUGUGGUUUAGGUUAUAAGCAUAUUUGGGCUCUAUAAGCAUGAGGAAGUGAACAAUUUUUUACGAGGGUCUCAACCUUUCACUGCCUCUGAGGGUUGAGUACGGUGGGGAAAUUAGUUCACAACUUUGCGCCAAAUUUGCAUUGCUACCCACAUCAUUCUAGGAAAAACUGCAGGGUUUCCUGGUACUCAUGUGAAGCCUGAAUGCUAUGCGUUUUAGAAGACUCAGACAUCACUUUCAAAACCUAGCUGGGGUGACAACUUCACCUGCUUCUAGGAUCAGCAUGAAUUUUGUUUUUCACACGGUAUGACAGUACUUUUGUUGUUAAUCUUCACCCGAGGAUAUUUUUCCCAUUGAUUUCUAGAGAGAGUAGAAGCAAGGGAGGGAGAUUGAAAAAGAGAGAGAGAGAGAGAAACAUCAGUGUGAAACAGACCUGUUCAGUGGUUGCCUCCUGCAUGUGCCCCAACCUGGGCCAGGAAUUGAACCUGAGACACAUUGAAGCAUGGGUGGACUUUCUCAGUACAGACAGAGCCACACCAGUCAGGGGUAUGUGAGUACAUUUGAAGGGAAUUGCUCUUUUACGAUCUUCCAACAGGCCAUCUGUCUUUUUUUUCUUUUUUCCAGAGAGGAAGGAAGAGGGAGAGAGAGAAACACCAAUGAUGAGAGAGAAUCAUUGAUCAACUACCUUCCCCACGCCCCAUUCCUCACCAGGAAUUGAAUCAUGACCUCCUGGUUCUUAAGUCAACUAUCAACCCUGAGCCUUGUUUUUUCAUCUGUCUCAAUGUCUACAAUUCCAUGGGUGAUGAUCACUGGUUUUAGGACCAUAGUUCUUACAGAAUGCCUGCUACACAAUCACUAGCUUAAUUGGGAUUGGAGAAGCUUGCAGCCAGCUAGAUGGAAUCGGCCUCUUCUCUAGGUGCAUCCAGAAACGUUUCUGUGAAAAAGACUGCAAGACCAGUGUGUUCACACAUCUGAGGAUCUCCAGGCAUGUUUAUCUUCUGUGCUCAAAGUCACUGUUAUUGAAAAUAAUCAAAGGGUUUUGUGCAUUUCUCUACCCUCUUAGAUCUUUACCUGAUGAUCAGAGUGCCCAGGCAGGAAAUCAAAGGUACAGGAAAGUAUCUAUAGACCAGGGAAGUACUUUUGUGACCCAGCCAGUAUUUCUGUUGAUUUUGGUGAAAAUUCUUCAUUGUUUGGUAUAGUUGAUGUCACUAAGACAAGAUUUGACCUCCAGAGGAUAUGAGAACCUGAAUUGAAUAGAGAGAUGCCAAACCUAUUUUCUAAGAAGUGUUGGACACAAAAUUUAAAAGAAAUUUUUGAACCAUUUUUUAAAAGUUUUAAUUAGUAAAGAACAUAUUUCAAGUAUACUAUUUGAUGAGCCUUGACAUAUGCAUGAAACUGAAACCAUCCCAGUGAUCAUAGCAUUGCCCAUGUCUGUCACUGUGACUUUACGUUGUCUUUUUAUAAUUUCUCUCUUUGCACUAGGAAAGGCAUCUGUGUGCUCUUGUCUCCAACUCCAGAUUACUCCCCUCUUUACUAAUCUAUACAAGGGACAUAAUAGCUGAGCUUGAUGGGCAAUAAAAUGUGUCCAAGCCUGGCCAGUUUUGCACAGUGGAUUGAGCAUCAUCCUGUGCACCAAGAGGUCACUGGUUCCAUUCCUGGUCAGGGCACAUGCCCAGUUUGGGUCUUGAUUCCCAGUAGGGUGCCUGCAGGAGGCAUCUGAUGAUGUUUCACUCUCACAUCAAUAUUUCUCUUCCUCUCUAAAGAAAAAAAAAUCACUAAAAAACCUUUUAAAAUAUUUAAGGAAAAGAAAAACAUUCAGAUAAAUCAAAUAGCAAUGAUUGGUAGCGUAUCUGUCAACGGGUUUGAUAAAAAAAAUCUUGUUUUAGCUAAUUUUAUGAGUGCUUUCCUCUAAGGUGUUCUUGAAGAGGAGGGCAGCGUUUGUCCUGGCAGGUGUGGCUCAGCUGGUUGAGCGCCAUGAGCACCAAAAGUGGACAGUUGGGCUCCUAGUUAGGGCACAUGCCCAGGCUUCAGGUUUGUUCAAUCCCCGAUUGGGGUGCAUGGUGUGUGGGAGAGGCAACCUAUUGAUGUUUCUCCCUCUCUCCCUAAAUGAUAUAUAUAAAAUCAGACAUCAGUUCUGUAUCAGUGUUAGGCCCAGAGAAGCAGCAUGGCCUGGUGUGGCUAUGUAAUGGUUGCGAUGACUCCUGACCCUCUGCCCUGGAUACAGCCAAUCAGUGGAGACCACAAAUCAAAAAAGGACUAAAGACCCAGGCAGCUCUUGCUUUCUCUGGAGCAUACGAACCCACUUCCUGCUUCUUCCAGGGACAAACCUUUACUCUCCUCCUCCUAAGCACCAAGGGCCCUCCUUUUGCCUCCAUAACUUGUUUCCUCAGCCCACACAGCCCAUCUGGUUAACUCAGUCUAUCUCCCUAACUCUGUAAAUAAACUCACUAUGAUUUGAGAUCCUUGGCCUUGGAUAUUUUUCUUAACCGAACUCAAAAACCAAGGUUGCUGAACCAAGGUCAAAUUGCUAGUGACAACUGGUGUCCUUUUGCCUCCAAUAGCUCUAGCAAGCUAAUUUAACCUGAGGAAGACCCUCUAGAAAUCUCUGAUUUAUAGUAUUUUAAGAAUUCUUAUUAU